GACUUGUGCACGUGUCUUCACCAAUAAAAUAAUUACACGUAUGCAAAGAACGUCUUUGACUCUCUUUUGUCUUAAUCGAAACGGCAAAAAAAACAUUGACUACUGCAAGAUUUUGUCUCUCUCUGUCUUUUCUCUGGAGCCGCCAUGGAUCUUCGUCGAAGCUCGAUUUUGCUUUUGAUCAUUGCGUUGUUAUCUCCCAGGACACUAUCAAUGCGUUACGAGCUAAAGUCUUCAAGAACGAAAUGUAUCGGCGAGGAUAUGCACGAAAACUCCAUGUCCGUUGGUAAAUACUUCAUCGUAAACCCUAACGAAGAUCAUCCUCUUCCUGCUUCUCACAAGAUCAUCGUCAAGGUGAUGCCGCCACAAGGGAAGAAUUUGCACGAAGCUGAUAAUGUAGAGGCUGGUCAAUUCUCGUUUACUGCUUACGAAAAUGGGAGUUACGUAGCGUGCAUCACAGCCGUUGAUUAUAAGCCGGAGACUACUUUGACCAUUGAUUUUGAUUGGAAGACUGGUGUUCACUCUAAGGAGUGGACUAAUGUGGCUAAGAAGAGUCAAGUUGUUAUGAUGGAGUAUCAGGUUAAGACCUUGAUGGACACUGUUAAUUCCAUCCAUGAGGAGAUGUAUUAUCUUCGUGAAAGGGAAGAGGAAAUGCAAGAACUGAAUAGAUCCACAAACUCGAAGAUGGCGUGGUUGAGUUUCGGGUCGCUUAUGGUUUGUUUAUCGGUGGCUGGUCUACAAUUCUGGCACUUGAAAACUUUCUUUGAGAAAAAGAAACUCAUCUAGGUAGUAGACAUACACACAUGCUCAUGUCUGUGAUUCACUGUGGUAAGGACUAAAAGACCAUUGAGAUU